UAUGGGUAUAUUCAUAUAUUUGUAAGAAGUGGGUAGCAGUCGCGUAAUAAAUACUUGUCGAGCAACACGUCUUUUAUUUAACAGUGGCGGCGAAUGGUAAAAUUAUAGUGCAAUACAGUGUUUUUAUCCACAAAAAUGGCUGGCAAAGGUAAAUUUUCGGAGUUUGAUGUGAAAACGGGGAAUUGGACUUUAUAUUGCGACAGGUUAGACAUGUACUUUUUAGCUAACGGCGUUACGGACGAUUUGAAACUAGCAACCUUGAUCGCGAACGUAGGUGAAAGUGCAUAUGAAUUGAUAGUGAAUUUAUGUAGUCCGGACAAGCCAUCUACAUUAACUUAUGCUAAAGUGGUGAGUUUAGUGAAAGAACACUUAGAACCCGUACCAUCGGCGUUAGCGGAACGUUACAAGUUUCGGCAAUGCAGGCAACAAAAUGGCCAGUCUAUUGCCGAGUACGUGGCCACGUUAAAACAAAUGGCGAGGUUUUGUGACUUCGGUAGCGGGCUAGAAGAGAACCUACGGGACCAACUCGUGUGCGGGAUUACCAGUGACGCGAUUCGACAGAGGUUAUUUGCGGAUAAAAAACUCGAAUACAGUAAAGCGGUACUAAUAGCGACUACAAUGGAGUCGGCGGAGAAAGAUUCUAGUGCGGUAGAAUCUCCGGUGAUAGGAAUGCACUACAAUGCCAGCCAGAUUGGGAAAAAACAGUGUACGGCGUGCGGCGACACGAGACAUGAGCGCUUCGCGUGCAAAUUUAAGGAUUACAUAUGUGACACGUGUUCGCGUGUCGGGCAUUUGAGGCGUGUGUGUCCUGAAAAGGAGGGGCACAGAGCUAGGGCAAGACCGGGAGCGACUAAGAGUUGGGGAACCAGUCAGGAGCACGGAAGUGGCUCUGGAAGCCACGGCUACAACGAGAGGGCAUUGACCGGCCGUGGAGGCAGCACGGCGGGCAGGAGGCGGCGAGGCGCGCGCACGGGCGCGGCGCUCGCGCGCCAUCACUGCAUCCGGGGGCACCCCGAUCCGGCCGAGGAGGCUAGCUGGCGCGACAACGGAGGCGAGGGCUCGGGUGCGGGCCUUAGCCGGCGCACGGACAGCGACGACGAAUGGCCCAUAUAUCAAAUGGGACUAAGUCAAUAUCCACCGGUUUAAAGAUGUGUUCGACGGAACCCUGGGUUGCUUCACCGGCGGGCGGGCCACGCUGCAGCUGCGCGAGGGGGCGGUGCCUGUGUAUUGCCGGGCGCGACCUUUGCCCUACGCGUUACGUCAGCGCGUGGAUGCCGAACUGGACGCCAUGCUGGCGGCGGGCGUCAUCACACCGGUCGACCACUCGGACUGGGCGACACCGCUGGUGGUGGCGCACAAGGCGGACGGCGCCAUCAGACUGUGUGCGGACUACAAGGUUACGCUAAACAAGGUACUAAUGGUAGAUAGAUAUCCCGUGCCCAGGAUUGACGAUCUGUUAAGUAAUAUUAGUGGCUACAAAUAUUUUUCCAAGCUUGAUCUAUCACAGGCCUAUAACCAGAUUCUUUUGGAUGAUACGGCAAGUUAUACGGUGGUUAACACACACAGAGGUUUGUUUCAAUACAACCGUCUCGUUUAUGGUUUAUCCUCCAGUCCAGGCAUAUUUCAGAGGAUCAUGUUAAAUUUGUUCAAAAAUAUGCCCCAUGUCGUUGUCUUUCUAGACGAUAUAUUGAUCGCUAGUAAAACGAUACAAGAGCAUAAUCAACACAUACAGGAGGUUUUGCACAUAUUGCAAAGUAACGGGUUAAAAGUAAAAAAAAAACAAAUGCGAGUUUUUUGUUGAUGAGGUUAAAUAUUUAGGUUUUAUUAUAAAUAAGGACGGCGUUAGGGUUGACACGGAUAAGAUAGCACCCAUUAUUAAAAUGUCGCCUCCCACCAAUAUUUCCGAAUUAAGAUCGUUUUUGGGCAUGGUGAACUUUUACGGGAAAUUUAUUAAGCAUUUAAGUGACAUUCUGGCCCCUCUAUACGAGUUGCUUCGUAAAGGUAAACAUUGGGUGUGGGGUGGCAGGCAGAAUGACAGUUUCAUUAAUGUUAAGAAGGCCUUGUGCAGUGUGGAAGCCCUGGUACACUAUGAUAUGCGCUUGCCAUGCCUGGUGACAUGUGACGCGAGUGGACACGGCAUUGCAGCGGUCCUGGCUCAACGCGGCAGCGACGGGGUGGAGCGCGCCGUGGCGUAUGCAUCGCGCGCGCUGACGGCAGCGGAAAUACAUUAUAGUCAGGUGCAUAAAGAGGCGCUGGCCAUCGUCUUCGCCAUAAAAAAAUUUCACCAGUAUUUGUACGGCCGUAAUUUUGUUCUCCGCACCGAUCACAAACCACUAGUUACGAUUUUUGGGCCAAACUGUGGUGUUCCAACAGCCGCCGCGAGUCGAUUACAAAGGUGGGCUAUUUUAUUAUCGGCGUAUGAUUUUACUAUUGAAUAUGUUCGUAGUGAUCAAAAUACCGCGGAUGCCUUAUCUCGCAUGAUACAGGGUCAUCGUGACAACGGGGUUCAGGAGCGCGACGAGGUUCCUGAACAGACGUAUUUACAUUUUGCCUCGGACGCGAUGUUGCUAGACUAUAAGCUGCUACGUAAUGAAACCUCGAGAGACGUAUUACUGAGUCGGGUUUUGAACUAUUUAAAAGAUGGGUGGCCAUUAGUCGUGGAGGUUAGAGAGUUAAAACCGUUUUUAAAUCGCAAAAAUGAACUAUAUGAGGAACUCGGGUGUAUAAUGUGGGGUCACCGGGUUGUUAUACCAGAGGCAUGUAAAGAAAAAGUGUUGCGGGAACUACAUGAGCCACAUAUGGGUAUUGUCAAAACCAAGGCUUUAGCAAGAAGCUACGUGUGGUGGCCCGGCAUUGAUGAGGCGGUGGAACGCGUUUGCCGCGCGUGCGUCGUAUGUGCCGCGGUGGCGGACGCGCCGCCGGCCCACGAACCGCGCCUCUGGCCGUGGCCUGAACGUCCUUGGGUACGGUUGCACGCCGAUUUCCUCGGUCCAUUGGCUGGUGCAAAAUAUUUAAUAGUAGUAGAUUCGCAUUCAAAAUGGAUAGAGGCAAUUAAAAUGUCAGGUACGUCAGCGAGUUACGUAAUAGAUGUGUUUAGAGAAAUGUGGGCGCGUUUCGGUUUACCCAAACAGCUGGUGACGGACAACGGUCCCCCAUUUACGAGUACUGAAUUUCAGGGUUUCCUGGCCAGUAAUGGAGUUGAACAUAUUUUAACCGCACCUUACCACCCAGCGUCGAACGGGGCUUGUGAGUCAGCGGUAAAAAUAUGUAAAAAGGUAAUUAAAAAAAGUAUGGAACAAGGGACUAAUAUUCAUACGGCGUUAAGUAGAUUCUUGUUGAACUACCGGAAUACCCCCCAUUACGCCACGGGUUACCCUCCAGCCAAGCUCUUGCUAGGUAGGUCACUUCGAGCCAGAUUAGACUGCUUAAAACCAGAGCUGGCGUCACGAGCGCACGAGCAUCAGGACCGCAUUAGGAAGCAGGCAAAGGGGGUACAAAGAAGUUUUCAAGUAGGGGAUUUAAUUUGGUAUAGGAAAUUCGGUACUAAUAACACUAAAUGGUGCCCGGGGCGCAUUGUAGAAUGCCUUGGCGGUACAAACUAUUCGGUUAAGGAUGAAUCUGGAACGGAAACGGUACAUAGGCACGUAGAUCAAAUUAGGUCGAGAGUGAUAGAUCAAGCUGGGCAGAACAGUCCAAUUAAUAAUCCUCACGAUACAUCACAACAUCGAAGUUUAGCGUAUCCUUUACCCUCCACCGGGCCAGCGGGGGGGCCAGAAGGAGUUGAUGAUGAUGACGCUGCGGCCGGUAAUGCACAGGUCGCGCCGAGUGAGACACAGCCAAAUAUUGUAAUGAACCCGCCCGCGGCAGGUCAAGCAACUCCGGAGUUACUGGUGGCUAACCGCCCAACAAGAACGCGGUUCCCACCAAUAAGAUAUGGAUGGUCAUAAGAAAUACUAUAAUUCGUAGGAAGGUUUUUUUUUAAAUUGUGUAUUAUGUCAUAGGUUAAUUGCAUGAAACAUGGCCCUUCAGGCGAAUACUAGAACUAAAUACCUAAAUUAGUUUUUUUUAAAUCUUUUAAUUGAGUAAAAUACAUUAUUUAAUUGGUACUUUGCAAUUCUCUUUCUCCCAUUAUAUACAGUUAAUUAAAUACCUAACUACCUAUUAAUACGUAAUAUGUAAUCAGUACAAUAAAUCAAUAAUAAACGAGUUGUAAGAACAGAACUAAUAACGCAGGGUUAACAGGAAAACAUGUGGUUCUUCACAUGAUGUAAUCUUGGUUUAAUAAUAAGCACAAAAUAAGUACAUGUAUAUCCGCCAAUAAGUCCAAUUAGACUGUUAGUGUUUAAAUCUUUUUGGAACUAUGCGUCAAUGUCCAUAAAUGAUGGUGCUUAAUGGUUACGUUAAUGACAAAGAAAAUUAUUGUAAACUUAGGGUGAAGGUGAUAAUAAGUAGUUAGGUAACAUCAUUUUUCUAAAUGUAUACCUACUUAGUUGUACAUCAUUAACUUUUCUCGUAAUUUUAGUCUAUAGUGUGUCUUAUGUUAAUAACGUAAUUUAAUAGCUGUAUAUGUUUUCCCCCCUCAUAGCCUCACGUAGGUAGCACACUAUACUUCACUUUAGGGGUGGUUUUAGAAUAAGGGUGAAGGUGUUAUAUAUGGGUAUAUUCAUAUAUUUGUAAGAAGUGGGUAGCAGUCGCGUAAUAAAUACUUGUCGAGCAA